CAUAAUGCAUGCGUGACAAAUAAAUGUGUGAAAUAUUCAGGAGGAUUAAAGUGAUGACUACGGGAGCCCAUUGAGGCCGUUUUGAUUAAGAAGUUAGAACUCAGAUGUUUGAUGUUAGAUCUUAGAUCUUAGAACUUAGAUCUUAGAACUUAGCUCUUAGCUCUUAGAACUUAGAGGUCCCGUAAAGGCGGGAAAACGCUAUAUUAACUGCAAAAUGGACAAGGAAUAGUCUCACGGUCAAGAGUUCUGUGUGGCUGACAAUGAAAAGCAAGACGAACAACAUAACAAUGAAUAAAAAAUGAAACAAUGGAGAUGCCAUCAUCGAAGAACUGUGAUAUAACAAGGGGGCAUGAACAUUACCUCUGUCAUAUAUUGUUAUUAGGACAAGCGUCGCCCAUCGCAUUGAAGGCCAUAAUAGAACGAGAAAAGAAAAACUGUGGUAAAGAUAUUGGUAUUUUGUUAAAUGAGUAUAGAGAUGCGUUUAAAACCGGGUACGAAACAGAGUAUCUUCAACUAUUUCAAGAAGAUCAUGUCAAUGAUGACAUUGAUACGUGGGACACUCUUCAAUUAUGUGCUGUGACAUUAGUUUUGUUUAAAUCAGAUCUAGCGGGUCCAGAAAUUAAAGCCAUUCAAUAUAUAUAUGAUCAGAGAAAAGAUAUUGAAAAAUACGCCAAAUGUGCCUCCUUAUCAUUUAAGACCUACAAGGAGAAACAAGAUUUAGUGCACGAGCAAUUACUCGAGUUGAUAAAGCUUAUAGACCAAAGUGCUAAUUAUAAUUGUAAACGUAUGAUGUAUUCAUUUGAGCCUGAAUCGAUGAAUUUAAACGAAAGUCAGGUAUGCAAACUUACAGGUACAAAAGAUGUCAAAACUCAUCUUCAAGUUGCAAUUGAAGUAAAUUUCGAAACACAGAAUACACUUACUGGCGAAGAUAACACUCAAGUGCUUCAGACAAAUGACCAAAUCUUCAUUGAAGAACUUCAGAACAAGAAUGUCUAUAUCAAUGAUUCAGUCGUUUUAAGAUGUAAACUUGACACUCCAGUCGGUGAUAAUGUUGAGUGGAGAAAAGAUUGUAAGCUGAUCAAAAUUACAGACAAUAUGGUAUUCAUGAACAACCAUUGCACCCACUGGUUAGCGAUAACACAAGCAUCAGUGGAAGACACGGGAAAAUAUUCGUGUGUAUGUGGCCAUAUUUCAACAUCUGCUGAUCUAACUGUUAUAGAUGAAGCAUUGAGUGUUGUCACUGAUUUGCCAGUCAAGUCAGAAGUUAUUGAGCAUGGAAACAUUGAUAUAGAGUGUAAAGUGAACCUGCUAACGAGUAAACCGGUUUGGCGACACAAGGGGAAAAUUUUAGAAUCUUCUGAUAGAUACGUUAUACUAGCAAAGGGAACUACACACAAAUUGACGGUCAUGAAUGUAACAUUUCAAGAUGAGGGUGAAUACACAGUUGACUUUGGAAAGGUCUCAUCUAAAACAACUUUGAUAGUACAAGGUGAUAAAGAAGUUCUACACAGGAAACAACUUAUAGAGAAACUAUAUAGAAAUUGGGUAAGAGGGGCUCUGGCAUUAAAAUACCUGAAAGUAGGUUUAGAGGCAUUUUCUGACAAGGCCGUGAAGAGUCAACAUGAUGAUAUAGUGUCAGCACUUAAAGGUGCAUGCAAUUCUUGUACAGAGAAAAGUCUUAUUCCACAUAAACAAGAUCAAUGUCCACGCCGAAAGAAGCAUCUAUGUCUUUGUUCCAUAAAUACAAAAGAUAAAAAAGAUAAAUCGACAAAAAUGUGUCCAAAUGGAGGAUAUUGUGGCAAAUUCUAUGAUCGAAUAGCUUGUGAUCAUCGAUUUCAAGAUCCAUUAUUAGCGAACACCGAUAUCCAGAAAUGGAGCAGUGAUCCUUGGAGUGUUGCUACAUGCUUUAUAAAUACGUCUGGCUACAAAGACAAACAAUCGGCUAAAGACGUUGACUGCUCAGGCCUAAUAAGUUUGUGUAUAAACAACAUUUACAUAGACAUAAUGCUUGGAGAAGUUAUCAUAGAUCCAUUUGCACAGGCACGGGAAGCGCGAAAUGAUAUUCUUCACAAUCCAAACUAUGAAUUGUCUGAAAAUCAACUUAACAAGUAUAUAAAAACAUUUAAGGAAGUAUUAGAAAUCAAGGACAAAUAUGGCAAUACACCGCUGAAAGGGGAGCCAGGCGUAGAAGAGGCAUUACAUUUAUUAGAUAUGGUGCAGCAAAAUCAGAUCGAGAUAAACCUUGAAGACGAGGUUAGACAGCUGAGAGAACAUGGGAUGCUUACAUUAGAAAAGAAUUACCAAACGGCAAAAGAACAGCAUGAAUUGAAACUUCAACUGAUAGAACAACAGAUUAAAGAUAAAGAAAAUGAGCUUCGGCUGAUGCAAAAUCUUAAGUCUGCAGGAACACAAAAGGAUCCUAAAG